ACACAAGAUCUAAACACCACUAUGGUGAGAAACACAGAGUCGUGUGCAGCUGAUAUCCUUAGUCAGCACAGUGUGAACUAACCUGACAAUGAUUUGAAAGUCACCGAUUAUUUCUUUGUAUUUAAAAGUCGCACACUUCAGUUUUAAAACACCAGUUAAAACAUCUUGAAUCACUAGGACAUAUUAUUAUGCAUUACUUGUUCUAUUACUGUGCAGAUGACCUGGGCAACAAAGAUGGGACGUGCGCUGAGAGGCUGAAGGCUGAACUUUGCCUGCCACUUCAUGCUGCCAACAUGGACACGCUAACUCACCAAAGGAGACGCAUAACUCGCUCCUGCAGUCUUGGUGACGCGCUGACCAGGAGCACCACUUUCCAUGCCUUAACCCAUACCAUAGAGCAACACCUGGAGGAGGAGGGGUCGCCACAAAAACGACGCAUAACCAUUGCAUCUUAUGUGACUCAGUCAAAGGAUCAGAAUGGAAACUUUGCUGAGAAGGAUGUGGACAGGCAAGUCGCCAAAUGUCUCAGAGAGCUGAACACAGAUGAACUCUGCCAGUGGUUUACCAAUAUUGGACUGCAGAAAUGUCUCCCUUUCAUCAAAGAAGCAAAACUAUGUGGCGUGGACAUGGCUUCAGUAGACGUGAACACUUUGGACAUCCUCCAGGUCGCCACACUGGAAGAUAGAGAGCAGCUGCUGUCAGCUAUUUACAAUGAACUGCACCCUCCCAGCGCCAUGGUCCUGAGACUAGACUCGCUGCUCGAAUCCUCACGUCCGCCUAAUGUUGAAACGUUUACUGCGACAUUGGCGUCGAUGAGCAAGUCCAAGUCUGCUCCUCACGUGAGCCGCCUGCCUAUGAAUCGACGUUCGCUCAAACUCAGCCAGAACUACAUGGCACAGAGGAACUCUCAGUUGAUAGAGGUCACUAUUAAUGCAUCAGAGCGGAUUGUUCAUCUGAGGACCCCAAGGGAAACCACAGCAGGGAAAAUCAAGGACUCGUGUAUGAAAAUGCUGGGCAUCACAGAAGAUAAAAGUCUAUUCACACUGAAAGAAAAGCAAGGCUCUGCAGAGGAGCUCCCAGCAGAUCAACAGAUUGGGAGUCUACUUACUAAAACAUCAGACAAAAGGCAGUUGGAGCUGUAUCUGUGUAAAAUGGAGAAACCAACACCUACUGCCUCCCAAAACAGUCCAGAGGUAAAAAGGACCAAUGAAAAUGUAAACAUCAGCAUAAAAGUCGAGGGAAGCCAGUCUGCUAAACAGGAGAGGAUUAGAGAGCUGAACCAACAGGUGGACUCACUACAAAAUGUCAUCUUUCAGGUCCAGGAGCUUCACCACAGUCUGGUAGCAUUUUGUACAGAGUUAAAGAACAUGGAUGGAGAUUUGAAUAUAGACAGGCUUGGCUCAGAUGAGCUGAAGCAGAGGCUGGAAUCGGUCCAAAGCCAGUUGAAUGACAAGCGGCAGAGUCUGCAGAAUCUCAGAGACAAUAUGGACAAUUUAGCUGCUCUCAAGAACAAACAGUUGGAGGUUGGUCUGUUGGAGAAGAUGAAGCUCAACUGCCAAGUGUUUAAGGAGGACAUUUCCAUGGUGCAUCUCAACAGGCAGGCGGCUCACCUGCAAAAAGCUUUGCAGGAAAGCAAGGACAAAGCUCAAAAGAUGAGUCAGGCCAUCGGUAGCCUGAGCCAGCUGGUGUCACCGCAGUCUCCAGCCAUGCUACUGGUUGUGCAGGAGAACCAAGGCCCUGAUGGCCAUUACGGCUUUGCAUGUUGCUACACAGAAGGCAACGGACUUGUGGUGGACAAGGUGGACAACACUCAUCUCUGUGUAGAUGACAGACUGGUGGAAGUCAACAGCGUGCCUGUAGUCAACUAUACACAGGAAGAAUUGACUGACCUCCUGCUGCAGGGACCCACCGCUCAGAUUGUUGUCCUACGCCAGCCGCCGCCCGCACUCGCCUGCCUGCAGCACCUGGUCAACCCUGAUCCCAUGAAAUCAACUUGCUUGCAAAGUGAUGUGGUCACCAUGGAAACCCCUCCCCGUCGGAAAGUGAUGGCAAUCUGAUGAUACAAUGGAGAGAAAUGAAUAAACGACCACUGAGACAGUCUGAGAGUGUAGAAAUAUGUUUUAAAAUGUCUGUAAUAAGACCAACAAUGUGAAGUACAAUAUUAUCUUCUGUUAGUUAUUUCCCUCCAUAUGUGAACAGUUUUAUUUUAUUGAUAAAAUAUUACAUAGAUCGUUUUCCAAAUGCCUGAUAUUAAUAACUAGUGACAUGGCUGUGUUUUUGUGUUUUUAUAGGCCUUUUAUCCAUUUGGAAGCAUAUGUACACUACUUUGUUCUUGUUAAAUGAUACCCGCACUGUGCAGAUCCUUGCUUAUUGUGAGGAAUUGAGUAUUUCUUCAAUUUGGAACUCUCCAUGUUUAUUUCAUGUUUGUGGCAUGAAGUGAAAUGAAAAGAAAUAAAAAGGAACAGGAACAUAAAGCAUUGCUCGGGUGGCUAUGCUUCACCUUUUUAAAUUACAGAGAAAAUAUCGUAUGUGACAUAGUGUGUAGACACAUCUGCCAGCUUUGUAUAAUAUUUGCAAGCUUUCUUUUCGCAGAUUGGACUCCAAGAUCAUCUGGAACAGUGUUCAGUGCAGAACAUUUCAUAAAAAAUGAGUCAUGUCUCCUCUUUGCAUGUUGUAAUGUAAUCCACUGUGUUGCAGGAAUAAACCCUUGGGCCCGGAAA